AUGGAAGUGAGUGACGGGGAAUUAGAGGCGGCACUGUCAUCAAGCACGAAUGCUCGAGAGUACUUGAUUAAGCUCCUUGAACUGGUUGAUCCUGACAUGGUGAAACAUCUGCAGGCAUGUUUAGAGGAAGGGGCAUGUCAUGGAGAGCAGAGUUUUUCUGUGGAAGAUUGCAGUGUUGAAUUUGAACCCACUGUUGAUUCCGAAUGCCAAUACCUAACAGAUCAACUUACAAGUACGAAAAUCGAUUUAUGGUCGUCCUGUCCACCUGAUCCAGGUUUUAACUGUGAUGAAGUCAGCUACUGUCUUCUUCAUCUUGCACGUAUGGUGCGUCCNUAA